AUGCCGAAAUCAAGUACAAGUCAACGAAAAAAUAAAAGUAGGACAUGUGAACGUUCUCCGAGCCCUGGGCUGCUCCAACAACUCCAGGCGAUUGUUUCUCGUCUGAAUGUGUUGGAAGACAAUUCCAGGUUAGGUUCAACUAGUGUGGCUACCAUUGGCGGGCAGCCCGUAGUGGAGUCGCCGGGUCCGGCGGUAGGCACCAUAGUGUCGCGUGCACCAUCUACAUCGCGAACGACGUGUGUGACGCCUCCACUGCCGUCUGUGCACGCUUCGCAGGUCUCCGCCAAUGAUAGCGCUGCUAUUGAGGUAGCCGACAAGAUUCUGGCCAGACAAAGAGCAUCUCAAUUGCUGGAUCAAAAUAGAAAACAGCAAGACACUCGAGUAAAUGAACGGCGCAAGCCCCCACAUGUUUUUCAUGAAAAUGACAUGGUCUUCGUACAUAAGAACAGUCAAUCUGUGGGCAAACUUGACUCUGGCAUGCGCGGUCCGUACAAAGUUGUGCGCGCAUUGCCUCAUGGUCGAUACGAGCUGAAGCUUAUUUCUGGCUCACUCGGGAAGACCACAGAAGCUGCUGCUGAGCAUAUAAGUGCUUGGCACGGAGAAUGGACACCAGAUGUGUGCGCCGUAUUCUUCGAGUGUGAUGAGAAUGAGAGCUGCUCUGACGAUAGCAUCAUCGCUGGCCCGUCGCACCUACGUGACGUCACCAUAGCUGAAAGAGCGGGCGAGGGCGCUCCGCCGUCAGGAGAGGCCGUGUUAGCGGAGAAUGCUCAAGAA